UGAGACAUUGUCAUACAGGCAUGCCAGAGAGCAGCAGCAGCAGCGCAGGCAUCACCAGCGGACGGGAUACAGACGCACUGAGGCAGCGAGGAAAUAAGGGAAUACACGCUGAUGAAGAAGCAACAACAAAGGGAAAGGAUGGAAUAAAAAAUAUAUAUAUUUUAUUGCUUCUCCUUUCUCUUCCCAGCAUUCCACAAGCAGAGCACCAGUGAAAACACAUACAUAUGAUAUAUAUAUAAAACUCCUAUACAUAUAUAUCAAAUUAUGCCUGUUUUCAAAGAAGCUGCAGCCGGACAAGGACUGAAUUGACAUCAAAAUCUAUUGAAUGAAAAAUUGCAGAUCAUAUGCAGCAUUUGCUUAAAAACUGUUGCAGAUUAGUGCUUUGAUAUUUUUAUUUUUUAUUUUUUGCUCAGUAGGGGAAAAAAAGACAAAAAAAUACAUUGAUGCAAAGGGAAAAUUUGGGAAACUGGCACUGAGUUGUUAAAGCAACAACAAUAACAUCAACAAAGAGCUUCUGCUGCAGACAGUCCUAUACUUCCAAGGGGGCUUCUUUUGAAAACAGGAUAUUUUUUGAUCUGCCCUUGCUGCCACACGGCUGUUUUGGCUGUCGCAUCUCCACUUGUCUCUGUCGUCCGAUUGGGCAGGGAGAGCAUUGUUCCAGUGAGGCUUGUGCAAGCACGCCGCUGAAAGUGCAGAGGGCAGUCCACAGGCUCUCUGACCCCACGCUGAUAUUUCCUCAGCAAUCGACAAAAAGCCCACACAGCCCAGCUCGGGCAGAGAGGAAAGGGUUGAGGUAAGUUGUGGGAGAGAGAAAGAGGCAAAAAUAUCAAAGAGAAGCAUAAAGGGAGAAUAGGAUCAGAGUGUAAACAAAGAGACAUAACCAAAAACUGAGCCAAAAGCAAACCAAGGAAGGAGAAAGAAAAAAAAAACAUCAAAGAACAAGCCACAAGAUCCGUUAUGUGGGACACUCCACUGUGGUCAAGUAAAUCCAGCAUCUCUUUUUACAGCUUCUCUUGAGUCUUGGGUGCAGCAACGCUAAGACAUUAAGAUCAGAGAUUCAGUAUCACAACACCAGCCCUCCCCCUCUCCCUUUCUCCUCCUCUCUCCUCUCCCCUUAGUCUUAGCACUUGUAGGGCAGGACUGUGCAGGCUGAUAGACAGUAGUACCCAGCUGGUGUCCCGGGUCUGUUACGGACCCUGGGAUCCACGGAGAGGAGGGGUGUCAGUGGAGAAACAGCAACAGGAGACCCCCGCGCACGCCGAGGAACAAAAAGCCAUUGGACUCCUUGUGUCGCUUAAAAGCUACAGACUGACACUGACAGAGCACUGUCACCAGGGGGAUUUGAGCUGUUUGUGAAAGUGUGUGUGAGAGUGUGUGUGCGUGUGAUUGUGUGUGUGCGUGACAGAAAACACGCCUCAGGUGCAAGAGGGACGCUUUUGGACUGUUAUCAUCAUAGGAUUUCCGCUUGCCGAGAGACUGGAGUAAUGUUUUAAAGACUAUUGAACAGCUGUGGUUACCUGUUGGGUCUUUGGCUGGAAAUAGGAAGGAGAUAUAUCCUACAUAAUCUUUACAAAAUAAAAGCUCAAUAUUUAAUAUCACUCAUAAAGACAUCAGGGGCUGAGAGACUGGAUCUAGAUAUCUCAAGGUGGGAGUAACGUCUCCCCAAAGUGGACCAAGGUGGCAUCGAAAAAGAUGCCCACUACAAAAAUAAAAAAGCCUCUUUUGAACAGUGACACUGAGAGUAGGAGGAUGAUAGAUGCCAGUUAAGCUCUGAGAGGGAACACUUCACUCUGUUCAGAGUUUUCGCCAGGACUUCAGAACUGCUUUGACUCCAGUGUUGAGCAUUAGAGUUGUUAUCCACUCAGGAAUAUGAGUCUGUCUCCGGAGUGAAAAGCCUUUCAUGUGGGAGCCUGUGACUAUCUGUGAGUUUUAGAGGAAUCUGCCUUCUUUUUCUGAUAGCGCCCAGGAACCCAGAGUUCUCACUUUUCACGGAUUAUUCAUCCACUCAGCGGGGGAGCGUAUUGCUGGAAAUGCCAGAGGCAAGUUCAUUUGUACGUAACACGCCCUCCUAAACUGGAUUCCCUCCAAGCCACCGGAUUUGGAUUUGCCUUCAACCGCCUCUGCUGUCUGCCGACGACAUAUGGCUUUGUGAAAGGUGACAUUUCCUGAAUUACGGAAUAUUUAUUUGCUUUGAUAAACACACACACACCUACGGUACACACAGACUGUACAGUAAACUGCAAGGGACUGUGAUGUGUCUGCACAUGUGAGUGCCUGCUCACAAGGGACUCAUUCACUCCUGUUAGGAGCAUGUUGAGAUGGGAGAUUGAUUUCUUUCACUCACUUGUUCUUCUGCCCCUUGACGACAAUUUAGCUUUCUGUUACUGUGUGCACUCCCACAACGCUAAUUGAAGGCUCUGUCUUCUCCCCUAUCUUCUUCCCCACCCCCUCACUGAUUUCUAUCUGAAAGGCUCAGAGAUUAAUUCAGUGACUACAAUUUAAAGCUCUGGGCAAGAAGGAUAUUCAACUGUUGUUUUUUUAAACCUAGAGCUUUAAUUUGGGCCUAUCAUUAACAAUUACACAUCAGCACCAAGCCAUCACAAGACAUUGGAGUGAAUCCAAGAUGGCCGCCUCCAUGCAUCCUCUGUUGGUAAGCCUCUCAUUAGCUAUUCUCCUGGGUUUGACCUCUCUGGGUGGACUGAACUCUCGGCCGUCAGGUCAAGCUUUAGCCCAGGUCAAUAACCAGACAACAGAGCCCUCUGUGGUGCCAGAAGCAGCGCUGGCAACGCCUACACCAGAAGCGGAAGACAAAACAGUCCCAACUGUCGGUAACCGUUGCUGGGGUUACUAUGAUGUCAUGGGUCAGUGGGACCCACCCUUCAACUGUAACGCAGGUAUCUACCUGUUCUGUUGUGGUUCCUGCUUCUACCGCUUCUGCUGCCAGUUCAAAGUACACAGUUUGGACCAGACUUCCUGUUCCAACUACGACACACCUGUCUGGGCAAACACCGGGAAACCAGCGGAACCCGUCACGGAAGUCCAAGAGGAACCAGACCGGGAUCGAACCCACAUGAUCGUGUAUAUUAUCUGUGGAGUGGUGGCAAUCAUGGUUUUGGUCGGGAUUUUCACCAAACUCGGGCUGGAGAAGAGUCAGGGAGGACAGACUGACAUGACCAACUCCAGAACUCUGACAGAGCUUCUGAAGCAGCCAGGGGAGGCGGGAGUUGUGGAUGGAACCGGGGUUCAUCAUCCUAUAGGGACCAACGGCAUCUCCGCCAGGGCACUACGCUCCAACAAUGAUCAUAACCAUUUGAACAAUGCAGCCUUGUCUCCCCUGGGUCCAGCCAUGGCCUUGUCUCAUCCUCACAACAACCUGGGUAUUGGCUUUAACAAGUACACCUCACUCAAGGCUGUGGACACGGCUGCAAGAGACUACUACAAGAGCUACCCAAUGGUAGAUUAUACACACCGCCAGUCCCCUCCCACUUUCCAGCCAAUCAACUUCCAUCCCAAGGACAAGCCCUUUCUCCCGCCGCCCGACAUCCACGCGCCACUGGCCAUCACCAUCAACGCCUCCCAGAUCCCCAAGCCUAAGAUCUCCAAGACCAACACCCACCCACUCACCUCCAGCUCGGCAUUCAAAGCAUGGGACCCCAGUAAGAGCCACAUGCAGCACCCAGUGGCUUCCCACAUUGGCCUCCAAGGGCAGCAGCACCACCCCAUCCAGCAGCAGCAGCACCAGCCGCUGCACCAGCAUAACAGCCGGCGCCAGGCCUACUCCAACAAGAGGCAGUUCAGCAUCGAGACGCUGCCCGAGCUCUUCUCGCAGCCGCUGGGCUAUGGCCACUCGCCGCACAUGCACCCCAAGCACAAGGGACUGCCCACCAACAGCAAGACAGAGGUCACUGUCUGAACAUGGGGGUGUUUGGGUGAUUAGACAGAAGAGGAAACCAAGUGGGGUUGUAAGCAACUUUAAAAGAAAUGCUCAGAUAUCUUUUAUAUCCACUGCCGAAAUGGCGAGAGAGGAGCAGGCAAAUAUCAUGUAUAAUCAGAAUUUUUGUAAGUCUGCGUUUUUCUCAUCAUUGUUGACAACAAUAAUAAUAAUGUGAGUUCUAUAUGUGUACUUUUAAGACCACUGGAUCAAAACAGCAGCAGAUAAGCUGUGAAGGUGGUGGAUUGGCAGGUGUUGGCUGUGACUCUUUGAACCUGGCGGGUCUUCUAAAUAAUUGAGUGGCCUCUCAGUGUGUUGGCACAGCUCUCUCCUCGUUCUCCUCUCAACCCCCUCGCACCUCAAUGACACUCUGCACUGCUCCGUAGCACCACUCUACCACGCACAAAUCUUCAAAUCCCACACACAGACACUAUUUACCCCACAAACGAGCACAGAUGCACUCGCUCUACCCACUUUUUCUGAGGCUGGUAUGGGAAGUGUUUCCCCUAAGACUUUGGCUCCUCAUCAGCAGAGACAAUGCCAUUGUGUUGUCAGCUCCAUUGCCCUCCAGCCCCUCUAGAGAGUGAGAUAUCAGCCUGGCAAUUCAUACCAGAGAGAAGGGCAGAGGUGGGGGAGAGGGGGUUAGUUAUUCAUCUCAUACCAGGGGCAAAUGAGAUGAGAAGGAUCUGAACCAUGUACACACACACACACACACACACACACACACAUACACACACAGAGACACAUACACACACACACACACACACACACACACACACUACACACUUGUCAAAAACUACAGAAGGUUCCCAGCAGUGUCAGAGACCACAGGCAUCCCCCACUGACACACAAACAGACACACACUUGUCUCUCCACACACUAAUCCUCAGAAACUGGGGAAGUGAAUGAGCAAGCUCUCUUGUUGGUAUUUGUAACGGUUUGUUGAGCUGCUCAUUUCAGUCAGCAUCUUUUGUCUUUCUGUGGAUGUUCACCUCUAAAGAAAACCAUGACGUGUCCAAUGCCUAGAAAACAGCAAAAGAGUCCAUGUAUCCAGAAAGGUCAUUACAAAGUCAUUGCAUUCUCUCCUCCUCCUUCCUACACACUGGCUUUUGCAAAUGAGACUGGGUUUGUGUUACAUUGUUAUGCAAUGCUGCAUAUUGGUAUAGGCAUUUGGUUGUACCAGGAUUUGAAAUGACUAUAUAAAUAUGUAUGUACACCCUCCAAGAUCCACCUUACUAUAUUCAGGCAACAGAUCCAUAAGUUUGCAAAUACGUGAUUUCAUAAUCAACUUAACAUCAUGAAGUUUUUCUGGAUGUAGGUAGAAAAUACGCUGUUGCAUUACAAGAACACCUGUAAUGCUUUUUGUGUUUACUGCUGCAAUGCUGACAUGAUCUGAGAGGCUGAAACCACUUGCCAGUGCUUUGCAAUUUACUUCACUCCCUGUAAUUGACAUACAUUAACAUCCACAAAUGAAUCACUGCUUGAACCUAAACAAAAAGCUAUGUAACCCCUGCUUUGAAUGCAUUCAAAGCUUUAUACUUUAACAAUUUGGGGUUGAGUCGCUCUCAUAAGGGUAGUUUCAUAGAGAUCUGAUAUCGGUUUGGUCCCUCUGCAUUCAAUGGACAGAUUGGUCCAGGAGCGUUAGCUCAGUGUGGGAACUGGAGAUGUGAGGCUUGAAAGCUUCUAUUCCAAAAAAGAAGAAAUUUGCCACCCAAUAACUUACUUGUCAACUUGUUGUCAUAUAUUAAUAUUGUGUCUUCUUUGCUGGCUUGAUAACGUUAGCCGCUGGUAAGCCCACUUUCAGGAAUCUGAAAGUGGGCUUACCAUCUAAAGUUAGGUUAGCUGUUGAUGGUCAGUGAAUACCUCCAAACCAUAGACUGGUUAUUUGUUAAGCCUAUUUGUGACCAGUUGUUUUUUAUCUCUACCUUGUUACGUACAUAAAUUGUGAGAGCAGUGAUCGGGAAUGCCCUGGUGACUUUCUGCCUCUGCUUCCAUUCUUCGUCUUUCCUCGUCCAUUUGAUUUAGCUCAUGGUCUGUGUCUAGUUCCGAUAAAUUAGGUCACCAUCAAAUGACUUGCAGUCUUCUUCAUAAUAGUCCACGAGAUAAUCCACCAUUGCAUUUAGCUUUUUGAGUUUCCUUAGACGACAGUAUAACUGUAGUGAAAGUCAGCCUCACACACAAAUGACUAUGCAGGUUAGGUCAGCUGGCAGGUUACCCUAGAUGUCGAUUUGCUAUGCAGUUAUCCAUAAUGGCUGUUCAACGGCUGCUUUCUGUCAAACACUGUCACUAGUGUUUGAAGUCAUCAAAGCAAGAAAAAAACCAUUGGGUAAGUCCCUUGUUUCCCCAAAACUCUUAACAAAAGUUGUAAAUGCAAAGUUAGCAUGAUCUGUUAAGUCACAUUAGGCCUAAGUAACCGCAUUUAUGGGAAAUGAGGAAGAAAUAUACUAGAAUUUCUCUUAAAAGGCACCUUUGAUGGAUCUGUGCUAAGUGACAAAAGAAACCUAACGAGUUAUGCAAUUAAUUACUUUUGUGGACGAGUAACUGGUACAAUAAUUUAUUUUUCAAUUAGUAAUAUAUUACAUUAUAUAUUUUUUAACAUACUUUUCCAAUGCCAGUUAUGGCUUUAGUCAACAAAUUCAAUAUUGCUUUCAGACCUCAAAAUCUCUUACCUCCACACCGCAUAUUCUCACCUCCUCCACCAUACAGAACAGUCCAACAGCCAGUCUGACUCACUGAUUGAAUUCACCUUCAUUUGUUAUCAUGAGGACACCAGCUAUGCCGCAGUGCAUAUGCCUGGCACAUGCUAUAGCACAUUAGACAGGUGGUGGAACCUAAUCAAACAGCAGCUCUUACCAGAGUCACACGCUAUUUAGCACUUUCUCUCACUCCCUCUCUCUUUCUGUCCCUUUUCAGUUGCUCCUACUCCCUUUUUCUGCUCCCUAGCAGACUACCCCCCGACCUCCCUCUGUGCAUCCAUGACCAUGGAAGGUUGAGUGAUGGGUACCAAGCACUUGUCUGGUGUUUGGUACCAAGUGCUCCAAGCUGUUGUAAACCAUGAUAUUCUCACUGGAUCCUCUUAGCAUGUGUGUGAGGGGAAAGAGCGAUAAUUAAUGAGAGUCAGUCACAGCGUGGCAGACUCCAGAUUUACUCCCAUAUACACUCAACCAUUACACUUACACUGAAAAAGAAACUAGCAUCCACAAACACAGACAUGAAUGACCAGAUGUGUUGUAAUAUAUUAUUCACAUCAGGAGAUUUGCUGGCAACAACCUGCUACCUUAAAACUGAACUUAGUGGAUUUCAUGUAAAAGCAAUUUUAAUUUUUGAAUCCAAGGACUUUUCUUCCAAGCAGAAAUGUCAGUCAGCCAAAUUCCCCAAUUUGCAUCUCAAUUUUAUGGCGCUGCGAGUGUACACAGGCAAAUAAAAUGAGCGAUGGAGUAAAACUUUAACGAGAGAAUAAAUUAGUAAUAUAAUGCUUGUUCGUAAUGCUGCAAUGGCUUCUCUACUUUACCUCUCCACGAUGAGAAAAACCUGUAAGGCAAGCUGUUGGAGUGGUGCUCGGAGCUGCUGGCAUGCUUUUGUAAUAAGGGAUCAGCAGAGAAUGGGGAUCAUGAAUACAAAAGCAUCAAUGGGAUAUGCAUGGUGUGAAUAUGCAUCAGACACAUCUGCGCCUAUGCUGUCGCCAGCAUUGCACACUAUGUAACGUGCCAUGUUACAACAGGUUUCUUCUCCAUGGCUUCCCCGUCUCUUUGACUUUUAUUCCCAUGAGGUGCCACACUUUAAGUGGGUCACUUCAUAUGAAAAGUUUUCUGGUCUCCAAAACCUCUACCAAAAUAUUCUGUAGGGCCUGUCCUUAAUCACUCGGAAUGCAUUAGAGGUUGAGAACAAACGAGGAAUGACAGCGAGUAAACAAGCAAUAUGCGUCUGUAAAGCAAUAAGCGCCCAACCGUCCUCACCCUAUCCUUAUCUCUCUGUCUGUCUGUCUAUCUGGAGCCCUCCUCAGAGUUUAGGGGUGGGUGCUAAUGAGGGUGCGGGUGGUAAAACCAAAGGGAGAGCUGAGCAAAAGAAUUGGCUCUGUAGAGGGCUUGGGAGCAGAUGAAGGAGAGGAGACAGAAAAAAGAAAUGGGGUUGCAUGGACACAGCUGAUAUGGCGAUGGUUGUUUUUCAUUCGUAUUUGUCUGGGUUGUCUAAAAACAUUCUAAUUCUGGGUUUUAUCUCUGAUGUACUCAAACAACCAGUUUUCAAAAGCAUUGUGUGACUGUAGCUGAAAGGAGGGCUGGAGAUGGUCUUUGCUCUGAAUCGCACAAUUUCAACAUUGUUAUUCUUGUGUUUGGGUCCUGGAGUAACAGGACCCAUUCAUACUCCUACAACACUUGCUGACUUAACAAACAGCACUGGAGGUUUAACACAAUGGCAACACUGGCUCCAGGAUUUACAGGAGUCUACAGUAAGUCCUUCGGGACAGACAGGGCCUGAGGACAGGCUACCAGCGAACUUACAGAGACUAACAACUUCUUCACAACUUUCCUCAAAUUGUGUUGGAUAGCAUGGCUUUCAGUGAUUGGCUGACAGUGUUUGAACGAGCACUGUGAAAGGCUGAUUCUUGAAUAUCCUCUUCCUCUUUGGGAGAUCCACAUCAGAGGUGUCACAAUCACAAGACACAAUCAUGCUGAUGUGCUGGAAAACACCUUUUAGUGUUAAUUUCCCUGUGGUCGGGCAUCCUGGAUGCAGGAUUUUUUUUCUUCAAUCCUGGAUGGACUUCAUUUCAGGCAAAGGAUUGUCUGAAAAAAAAGCAGUUGGUUAAGCUGAAUAAAUUAGACUGAAAAAGCCUCUGAUGAGCCACAGUUAUGCCUCUGUUGUGGACAAUGUAAAUACUUAAACACAUGCACAAACAUACACGCACAUACAUACAUGAAACAGGAGGUGUUACACUGAUUAUAUCUUCCAGACAACGUCCACAAGUUUGUGGUACGAAACAGGACCAAAAGCCUUCAAUCAGGAGAAACUGAGUACACCUAACUGAUGCUUAAAAAUCCAAAACAGUGAGAAUGCUAAGACUGUUUUGGAUCAUCAGCUUAGAGUGCAUUUACUCAAUCUCUCCUGAUUAAUGACAGACUAUGGCAUCACUCGCUCAUCUCAGAGCUAACUGACUGUUGUUUGUUAAACUUCCUCUCUAUAAAAGAAACACUGCAAGUAUUCUACCGCAGGUUAUCUGAAUGCAACCUGGUAGACAUACUUGGGCUCCAUGAUCCCUAGCAAUAUAUAGAUUAUGGUGUAUGGUUCAAUUGUUUCUUUGUUUUCUGUCAGUUUGUUUUUUUGUACUGUGUUUUUUUCAAGGAUUAAGCUCCUGUCAAAAAAAAAAAAAAGUUCAUUUGACCGAUGGAAAGUGCUUCCAGAUUUUAGACUCAUGGCUGCGCACCCUUCAACCCUCCUCCCGCUCACCUUCCUUUACCACCAGAGGAUGUCAAAUGUUUGAAGCUUGUGAUCUUUUGAGUUACAUUGUAAGGUAUACAUGCACUCAUGUAUUUAAUGUUAAAAGAUAUUGCAUUGUAUCCAAGUGCUUUGCCAACACAUUAGGUGAAAGAUGAAAGGAAGAUUCAGUAAUUUCUUGUACAGCUUUUGCAUCUGCAAAAAAUGAAAAAAAAAAAAAAAAUCAUGCGUUGUUUCAUGAUAAUUUGUAAUAGGCAGCAAUAGGCUGCCUUGGAUUGCUAUGUACUACUUGUGUAUAUAUGUAUGCUGUACCACUUGUCUGCUGUGAAAUUUGUUGACUACUCAGCUUAUAUAAGGGCUUUUUAUAGAUAUAAAAGCAGACUGGGCAAUCUGACGUCACUCUCUGUAACUCAAGACAAAUUUCUCUAGACGUUUUUUUUUUAAGGGAUGAAGGGAUAUGAACAUAAUUUUCAUGCAUACAAAAUGCAAUAUAAAUAAAGUUUUGACGGACUUAACUGACUGAAAUGUCAAUAGGCACUCAUACGACGUUGGCCCAUGUGUCCUGUUUGAAUAAAUCUUUCAAGAAAUAUAGUA